CCGUACCGGGUCGGGUGAAGUGAGUUACCUCCUCCUCACGGAAAAUUUUUCCGCCAUCGUGUCGUACCGCGUGCACAUCGAGAAAUGGCAGCAGACGUACGGGGUGGCAGAUUUCGGAGUGGUCGCCCUUGGGAAGUCCAUCUACAUCCUGGGCGGCUUCGACAAAGUUCAAGGUCGUUGUUUGACCAGAGUCGUCAGAUACAACCCGUGUACUGACGAAUGGUUCGAAUGUCGAAGCAUGUCUGUGGCCAGGUGUAAAUUUGGGGUCUGUGUUGUUAAAGGGAGAAUUUUUGUCUGUGGUGGAGAGACAGACGAUGGUAAAGUAACCGGAAGUUGUGAGAUCUAUGACCCGGAAACUAACCUCUGGUCCAAAUGCGGAUCUCUCGUGUCGCCUCGGUCUGGCUGCGCAUGCGCAAACAACGGCAAAGAGUUAAUUUGUGCAGGAGGAUACAACGGAGGGAAGGCUCAUAACAACCUCUGGCUGUAUGACAGACACAAAUGGCAGGAAAUCGGCAAAAAUAACUCACACGGUCUUCCAUACAAUCUUAACAGACGUGCGCUGACAAGGGCGAAAAACACUUUGUAUUUUAUAGGAGGGGUAUCGUCCAAAGACCACCACCCCACCAAGCGAAGACCGUCCUCACCCCUAACCGUGACACAGUCUGAGAAAAGAAUGUUCUCCUAUACCAGGGUGGCUCUUUAA